AUGACUUUUCUAAUAUUUUGUGUCUCCUCAUGUCAUGUAUUUGUUGACAUGAUAGUCGAUGCUUUUAUUUUGAAAGGGGCUUGGAACGGUAAGGUGACUGACGCAAAACGGUAGAAGUAGCGCGGCCGUUGGGGCAGAGAAAGUUGACAUGAACGAGUCGGAGUGAAGGGGAGAUAGUUGGGGUGUGAUUCAGGGUGACAAUCGGUUGGUUGGCGCUUGGUUGAUGAGGGAACAAGCUCUUACGGUGAGUUCACAAUAAAAGGCUGUUCAAUAAAGGACUGUGAACCAUCAGUUUAAGAGACCAUCUUAUUCAACCGGGACGCUACAGUAAGAGCUUGACCCAAGCUGAGAAGAGCUUCACCCCGAGCUAAGAAGAAGUUCAAUCAUUCUCAGCACCAAGGUCCCAGUGAAAGCCACAUUAAGGUUCCAGCUUCACGGCUCCAAGUAAGGUCUUCUGGGAUUUGAUGGUCAACGGUAUAGCCCUGUCCUCAGCAUGGAAGCAUCUGAAAAGGAAACAGAGUACACAGAGGACCUACCUGUCAACGAGGAAGAGGAGCCUCCAUGCUCUGUUCGUCAAAAGAAGCCCACAGAAAAAAUGCGAGCAUAUCAGGAGGAGGAGGCCCACAAAAAGGAAAAACGUCUAAUCAAAGUUUAUAAUCAAUGGAAAAGGCAAGUACGUAUGGCACGAGAGCAAUUAAAAGGAGACAUAACAAACAGUCAAAUUGCUUCACUCAUGGACAUCUUAGAAAAAGAAAGAGAUGGCGUCAUAAACUUAUAUACAGAAAUAAGGGAAAUCAUUACUCCCUGUAGUGACACAAGGCGACUUAUAGAUGCAUGCGAAGCAGUCACCAAUGACAUUAUCAGAGUUGCAUAUGAAAGACUCUCAGGCAUAGAUGACUAUGACAGUGGGAAAGUGAAGGCUCGUCUACGUGAACUUCUUAAUCCAGACUAUGCUCAAUCCAUUUACAGUUCUUCUAUCACAUACUUAAGUAAACGCUCAGACGCCAGUAAUUCAAACUCUGCAAGGUCAGUAGUAGCUGUAAAGAGAGCAGAGGCUGCAGCUGAGUUGGCAGCCAAGGAGGCAGAGUAUGAAGUGUUAUUAGAAGAAGAAAAACAAAGAGAAAGGAUUCAACUUUUGGAGGAAAGACAGAGAAAGGAGCUAGAAUCUCAAAAACGUGAAUUAGAGAGAUUAAAAGCUGAAAAAGAGUUAAAGGCUGCUCGAGCUAGAUUAAUAACUUAUGACCAUGAGAUAAAGAGUGAGAGCAGUGUUCAUGUUGACAGUACCAGAGCAGCUCAGAAGGCUUCCAUAGUUUCUGCUCCCAUUCAAGUCCCUAAAAGCAACAUUGUGUCCACCUCACCUCCACAAGCAGAUGUUCUUUAUUUAGCCCAAGCAUUACAGGACAGUGUUACCAUGAACAGACUGCCAAUGCCCGAGCCUUCCACUUUCACAGGUGACCCAAUAGAGUUCAUCGAGUGGAAAGCUUCAUUUGCUGCACUCAUUGAUAAAAGGAACAUAUCACCUGCAGACAAGCUGUACUACUUAAAGAAAUAUGUAGGGGGUUCAGCUCGACAAACACUUGAUGGCAUCUUCUACAGAAAUGACAGUGAUGCUUACCAGGAUGCAUGGGAACGCCUCAACCAAAGGUAUGGACAUCCAUUUAUUGUACAAAAAGCGUACAGAGAAAGACUGGCAAAAUGGCCAAAGAUACAAACAAAUGACUCUGCAGGAUUUAGAGCAUUUGCUGACUUCAUUCAAACAUGUCAUGAAGCUAUGCCACACAUAGAAGGUUUAAGCAUUCUCAAUGAUUGUGAGGAGAACCAAAAACUUGUUCAAAAAUUACCUAACUGGGCAGCUGCAAGGUGGAAUCGUCAGGCCACUCAGUACAUGAAAGAAAAUGGGAAGUUUCCAAGUUUAAGGCACUUUACUGAGUUCAUGUCUUCUGAAGCUGAGAUUGUGUGCAAUCCCAUCACGUCAUUUCAGGCUCUCCACUCAACAGACGUCACCAAAACCACCAGUAAAGUUUACCAGAAAGAAAAAAGGCCCACCUCCAGUGUUCUCCAUACGCAAGUGGUAACAGAAACGGAAAGCACAAAACAAAGGUCAAAUAUUAAACCACCAUGCAUGCUCUGUCAAGACAACGGACACAAGCUUCACAGUUGUCCUCAGUUCAAAGGCAAAUCACUUGAGGAACGAAGAAAAUGCAUAAAAGAUAAAAGACUUUGUUACGGUUGUCUCAAACCCGGACACAGCGCAAAGGACUGUCGUUACCGACUUGCAUGUGAAAUAAACCAAUGA